AGGCGAAGAAUAAAUCCGGAAGUGAGUGCUUGCGUUUGUGGCUCUUGCCUUUAGCUAACGUUGCUACGUUUGUGUCUUCGCCGUCCCGUCGGUCUGGGGUUUGACCGCUAAAACUCCAACCCUUACUCGUAUCCAGGCCCGAAUUCACAUUUUGCUGGGGUCUUUGGAGAGAUGAACAACAACGGGAAGAAGAGAGCUCCAACCACAGCCACUCAGCGACUUAAGCAGGAUUACCUCAGGAUAAAGAAAGACCCCGUGCCUUACAUCUGUGCUGAGCCUCUCCCCUCCAACAUACUAGAAUGGCACUACGUGGUGAGAGGUCCUGAGAAGACGCCUUACGAAGGAGGUUACUAUCACGGAAAGCUCAUAUUUCCUCGGGAAUUCCCUUUUAAACCACCAAGUAUCUACAUGAUAACACCCAACGGCAGAUUUAAAUGUAAUAUAAGAUUGUGUUUAUCCAUCACAGACUUCCACCCGGAUACGUGGAACCCGGCGUGGUCAGUCUCCACCAUCCUCACAGGUCUGCUCAGCUUCAUGGUGGAGAAGGGACCCACACUGGGCAGCAUUGAGACCACAGACCAUACGAAAAGGCAACUCUCAGCCCAAAGCCUCGCCUUCAACCUCAAGGACAAAAUCUUCUGUGAACUGUUCCCCGAUGUUGUGGAGGAAAUGAAGCAAAAACAGAAAGCGCAGGAAGAGUUAAACGCACGCACUCAGCCCCUCCCCUUACCUGACGUGGUGCCCGACGGCGACCCUCAACAGGCCCACUACGGCCUCCCCGCCCUCAACGGAGGUCCUAUCCCCCUCGGAGGCGGCAACCCCGCCCAGGGCAUGCAGCAAGCCAAUCGCAACCACGGACUUCUCGGCGGCGCUCUAGCUAACCUGUUUGUGAUCGUCGGCUUCGCCGCCUUUGCCUACACGGUCAAGUACGUGCUGAGGAGCAUAGCGCAGGAUUGAGAGACGGACAAACAUCUGUUGGACGGGGACGUACGGUCCCGAGACUGCUACGGGCUCCGGACGAACAAAAAGUAGCCCGACCCGGGAGGGUGUGGGGAAGGAUCAUUGGCGGCUCAUGGGUUGUGGAAAAAAGUUGCUUCUGUGGAACGACAUCAACAAAAACACUUUUUUUUUUUUCCCCUACUCGCCCUCAGUGAAAAGGCAUUUCUUCCUGAUUAUCGUUUUUAUUCGUUUCUGCUGUUAUGUUUACACAAAAAAAUAAAGGGAGAGGCAGAUGGCACCACUGUAGAUCGCAA